UCCGUGGAUACGAAACCCACCAACUGGCACCAGGACCAGGACCGGGAGCAAGGAGCCGCGAACCGACCGCUGCGUCCCCGAACCGCCUCCGCACGCGCACCCGAGCUCGAGAGGAUGCACGCGCUCCGGGGCUUUGGACACUUUGGACAGCAGUGCGCACCGGAAAACAGGAUUUAGUGCAGAAGAAGUUGGCUUUCAGAGCCGCGGUGCCCGAGCCGAGGACCCUCUUCGCUGUCAAGUCGUGAGAGGGAUUUCGGACCUUUUCUUUUCUUUUUCUUUUUUUUUUUUUUUUUGUUCCUCCACUGUCGCCAAAAGUGCUCCACGAGGAGUGGGGACGCACGGAUUUAAGAGUAGUUUUGCGGGUUUUUGUGCAGUUUUCUGGAUAAUAACUGAAUACUUGGAGGCAUCUGAAAGGCUGAGAUUUACUGUCAGAACAGGAUACUUUGGGUGGGGUGUUCUUGGACGGUUUCUUUGCGGCGUCGGAGGCCGCCGUUCUUCUGGACAGCAUGCGAACAGAGGAUGUUGUCUGAGUGGGAGUGGCCUCUCUUCUCGCCGUCCAGAGGAAUGACGGUUCUGUGGUGUUCACUGUGGCUGUCCUUCCUCCUGCCUCUGUGCGUCAGUCCGGCCAGGCUGCCCACCGCUCAGCCCACAGACUCAGUGUCCAGUGAGACGGCUUUCCUGGAGGACUAUGUUCUGGGCAUGGGGGACACUUUGGAAAUGUCAUGUGACCUGGGGGAUCCGUCUAAACCCGUGGUCUGGUUCAAGGACGGUGCCGGCUUGGUGACCAACAACCGGACGCGGAUCGGCCAGAGAAUGCUGCGCAUCAUCAACGUGUCGUACGAGGACUCGGGCGUUUACUCGUGUCGACUCGCCCACAGCAACACGCUACUCAGCAACUACACCAUCAGGGUGACAGAUUCUCUGUCGUCUGGUGAUGAUGAAGAUUAUGACGAAGACCCAGAAGAUGCAGGUAAUGGAAAUGAAGCCCCAUACUGGACCAGGCCUGAUCGAAUGGACAAGAAGCUCCUUGCCGUUCCCGCCGCCAACACUGUUAAAUUUCGCUGUGCCGCCGCCGGAAACCCAACGCCGACCAUCCACUGGCUGAAGAACGGCAAAGAGUUCAAGGGAGAGCAAAGGAUGGGGGGCAUCAAGCUGAGGCACCAGCAGUGGAGUCUGGUGAUGGAGAGCGCCGUUCCAUCCGACCGGGGAAACUACACCUGUGUGGUUCAGAACAAGUAUGGCACCAUCACCCACACCUACCAGCUGGACGUGUUAGAGCGUUCCCCCCACAGGCCCAUCCUCCAGGCGGGGCUGCCAGCCAAUCAGACGGUGAUGGUGGGGAGCGACGUGGAGUUUCACUGUAAGGUGUACAGCGACGCCCAGCCGCACAUCCAGUGGCUGAAACACAUCGAGGUGAACGGCAGCCGCUACGGCCCCGACGGCAUCCCCUACGUCCGCGUCCUCAAGACGGCUGGUAUUAACACUACAGAUAAGGAGCUAGAGGUUCUCUUCUUGACCAAUGUGUCUUUUGAGGAUGCGGGCGAGUACACUUGUCUGGCAGGGAACUCUAUCGGCUAUGCUUACCACUCUGCUUGGCUGACGGUGCUUCCAGCAGUAAGUCCAGAUAAAGACGACUACUACGCCGACAUCCUCAUCUACGUGACGGGCUGCGUGCUCUUCAUUCUGGCCGUCGUCAUUGGCGUCCUGUGCCGCAUGAGGAUGACCACGCAGAAGACUCUGCCCACGCCGCCCGUGCAGAAACUGUCCAAGUUCCCCCUCAAGAGACAGCAGGUGUCCUUGGAUUCCAACUCCUCCAUGAACUCCAACACGCCGCUGGUCCGGAUCGCCCGCCUGUCAUCCAGCGACGGCCCGAUGCUGGCCAACGUCUCGGAGCUGGAACUACCCUCCGACCCCAAAUGGGAGUUUCCUCGGACGCGGCUGACUCUGGGUAAACCUCUGGGUGAGGGCUGCUUCGGUCAGGUGGUGAUGGCUGAAGCUGUGGGCAUCGACAAGGAGAAGCCCAACAAGCCACUCACCGUCGCUGUGAAAAUGCUGAAAGACGAUGCCACCGAUAAAGAUUUGUCCGAUCUGGUGUCAGAGAUGGAGAUGAUGAAGAUGAUCGGAAAACACAAAAACAUUAUCAACCUGCUUGGAGCUUGUACACAGGACGGUCCGCUGUACGUUCUGGUGGAAUACGCCUCCAAAGGGAACCUGAGGGAGUACCUGCGGGCGCGGCGGCCACCGGGCAUGGACUACUCCUUCGACACCUGUAAAAUCCCAGAUGAGCAGCUCACCUUUAAAGACCUGGUGUCCUGCGCCUACCAGGUGGCCCGAGGCAUGGAGUACCUCGCCUCGCAGAAGUGUAUCCACAGAGACCUGGCGGCCAGAAAUGUCCUUGUGACGGAGGACAACGUUAUGAAGAUCGCCGACUUCGGUCUCGCCAGAGACGUGCACAAUAUAGACUACUACAAAAAGACCACGAAUGGUCGUCUGCCCGUGAAAUGGAUGGCUCCGGAGGCUCUGUUCGACCGGGUCUACACGCACCAGAGCGAUGUGUGGUCGUAUGGGGUUUUGUUGUGGGAGAUCUUCACUCUGGGAGGUUCGCCGUACCCUGGAAUCCCUGUAGAGGAACUGUUUAAACUGCUGAAGGAGGGACAUCGGAUGGACAAACCCGCCAACUGCACCCACGAACUGUACAUGAUCAUGAGGGAGUGCUGGCAUGCGGUGCCGUCUCAGCGGCCGACCUUCAGGCAGCUGGUGGAAGAUCACGACCGGGUUUUAUCAAUGACCUCCACCGAUGAGUACCUGGACCUGUCGGUGCCCUUCGAGCAGUACUCGCCCACCUGUCAGGACUCCAACAGCACCUGCUCCUCAGGCGACGACUCGGUGUUCGCCCACGACCCGCUGCCUGACGAGCCCUGUCUUCCCAAACAGCUUCCCAGUAACGGGGUGAUUAGGACAUAAAGCCAGAGCAGAGGGUGGGCGUGGGGGGGGUGGGAAAUGACCUCCCCCUCCUCCUCCCCCCACCUCCACAGUUGGUGACUCAGAAUCACCUCUCAGUGACACGCUCCUUUUUGAUAUGGAAAUAAAAACCCAAUGACUCCGCAUGCAAUACUUCCACAUGCUUCAGCUCCUCGAUUCGUCUUAAACUCUUGGUCGAAAUCCGAGUUUUUUUUCUCUUCCUCUUCCCCCAAGAGACUCUUUAAACAUUGAAGGAUUAUUUUUUUGCCGUUGAACCAUGUUUGUGUUCGUCUUUUCACAAAUGAAAUUCUAUUUUUGUACUCGGGCCAGUCUUUUGUUACGGACAAUCUGUGGGGUGAAACCAUUCCGUGCCUACUGGGAUAAAACCUCCUGAAAUAAAAAAGACAAAAGGAUGCGAACGUAUGGAAUGAAGGGCAUUGGUCGGUGACCAUCCAGUAGGCCAGGACCUCCGAUUUUCUCCCCCUAGACCGCGAUAGAAGUUCGCGAGCUGCAAGAAAAUCAAGUUACCAGCAAAAGCCAGAAUCAACUCGAUGAUGGGACUCGUUCUUCCGAAGACAUUUUGCUCCUCCGUCGAACACAGAGGAUUGUACGAACAUGUAAACGUCACCAUUUUUACACAUCCCGAAAAAGCUGUUUUGUGAUAAUCAUGAAACAAAUUCCUCAUCGAAUGUGAGGUGAAGUUUCAGGGCCAUUCAGUAAUAAGUAAAGGUUCAGAGUUUUUCUUUUUUCUUUUUUUUUUUUCUUUUUUAUGUAUCUAGAAAUUGAUUUAUUGUAAAUAUAUAAAUGCAAAUAUGUAUCAUAUUGCUGUCCUCAGCCAUGUACUUAAAAGACAAAAAAUUACAUUUUUUAAAGUAUUGUUUUAGGAUCGAAGCAUUGCAAUCUAGAAGACACUGAUGUGUAAAACAUUUAAUCAUUUAAAGUGAUACAGAAAAGGUUUAUUUGAAUAAUUAACGUGUAUAUUUGUAAAGAUAUUUAUAGACUUAACAUGUGGUUCUUAAGUUGGAAAGGUCUAGUUUAGGUUUUUAGUACUGUACGCAAAGAUUUUUAUUUCAAUUUUUGUAACUUAUUUUACAACAGAACUGCGACGUUAUUUUCACACAACUGGCAGACUUCUCUGAUUUAUGAUCCAUCGUUUUUUUUUUGUUUUGUUUUUUGGGUUUUUUUUUGGCAUUUUUUCGUUUACAGUUUUAAAAAAGAAUGUAUGACAGACACGAAGAUUAUUUUCUAGAGCGAGUGUGAAUCGAGGACUCGUGUAAACCGGCUGAGUUCAUGUUCUGGUUUGGAGAAGAAAAAAAAACAAAAACAAACAAAAAAAAAAAAAACAGUUGACGUUUGCGAAUAUCAAAGCAACGGUUGACUCUUGCUGGGCAAGAA